CAUAAAUUUCCUCAAAUUCAUCUCAUUAUAAUUUUACAGUAAAUCUAGAAUAUAUGGGUUGUUUACAUCGUUUGACUCCAUGAAGUUACAUGUAGCGUACAAGGAUGUAUAUGCAAAGAGAUCUAGCUGAUUUUUGCGGACCUGUGGUCAAGUAAAUUGACUAAAAAUCGUCAAAAUAUUUACCACAUUUUUCUGCAUCGAAUUUCAUUUUGGACCUGUUGCUAAAAUUAGAAACAAACAUAUGUAUAUAGGCUUGCAACAUGGGUACCAGGGCUGCUACAUUCAAUGCCAAGAUCCGCAAUCUCAAGGACUACCACUAUAGGAUCACAAACAAUUUAUCACCAACGCCAUCUGGCAUAGAUGUGGCAAAUACAUUGAAGUAUUUCUCUCAGACUUUACUCAGUGUGUUAAAGGAUGUGCCAAGUAUUCCCCAAGAGAGCUAUGGGCCAAGACAACGAGAUAGUGUCAGGCUGUCAGUAUUUCCAAACCUCAACUACUCUGGUCUCUACCAGGUGGUCCUAGAGAUCAUAGGCCUCGUUCCAACUGUGCAAUAUGGAGUCAUACCACUAGGCGAGGCCAUCUUACAUGUGCUUGGAUGUCUUGUGCCAUUCCUAGAGUACGACUUACUAGAUGCAUUGCCUUAUACAGUGGCUUCUACCCUGGCCACAUUUCCCCACAAUCUGCAGAAGGAAACCAUCUCCUUGCUCUGUACCAACAUACUCCCUAUGACUUUAGGUUAUGCUGAUAUGAAUGAGAACCCAACAUAUGCGACUGAUUCAACAGCAGCCAUUAUAAUGAUGGUGUUCCAGUACAUAGAUAAUGGAUGUUAUCACUCACAGGUUAUUGAGAGCUUGAUGAGCAUGAAGAAAUAUCUAUAUAAGGACCUGUUAUGUGUAAUAGCUUAUGGCCCUCCAGCAUCCAGGGCCCCAGCUGUAAAUCUCCUCUUCCACUACUGGCCCCAAUUGAACAAGACACUUACAGACAGGCGAGGGGUGCAUUACAAGUAUUAUGGUUAUAACAUCCUUGCUUGUCUUCCAAUCUGCUGUCAGAAAUUGAUCUGUCCAAACUCUGGCAAUGUACCUGCAGUGAAGACUUGCCUUGACCCUGCAUUAACCAUACAGAUGAGUGAUAAGGGUCCUCCACUGUAUGUGUGCAGUGAUUGCAGUGACAUGAUGCAACAUGAACAUGCACAGUUUCUCACUGAUGUCCUCCUGCCAAUACAAAGUGUCUCUCUCAAUUGUGACAAUAAGAACUGUACAUAUCAUGACAAAUUAGCUGUAGCAACAUGUUUCUCCCUGGAGUGCGCCAGUUUCAAUGGCUAUCGACCAAUCAGAUACUGUGCACAGUGUCAUGCAGCUCGGCAUGAUGAUCCAAAAAAUAGUCGUCAUAUUGUACAGACAAAUAUUCCUGACCUAUGGAGCUGUGACAAUGAGACACGCAGCUACAUUGUUGAAGCUAUUGUCAGUUUACUGAAAGAAGCACAGGCCAUGGACAGUAAACGAUCUGCAGAGAUGGAUGAUGGAGAGGGUGACUCCUACAAUAGUGAUGACGUUGAAUCCGAGAAUGAAGACAGCGAGGACAGGAAGUUGUUGAGUCGCUAUGGAAUCUGGCUAUUGGUAGAACUCUGCAAACCAAAGGAUGAUAUCCCCAUAGAAGUCCUAGGUAGGCUCCUGGGAAUGCUAUUCCAGUGGUUUGAUGCAACAUCUUAUCUCCCUGAUGAUCCACACUCAAUGUACACUCAGUCUAGUGACACAAGCACCAAUCCUGUCGAUAAUGUUGGUACUACACUUGAGAAAUUGAAGUCAGAGUACAUCUAUUCCUGGCUUCAAGACAUCAGUAAGACACACUUUGAAGUUAUCCUCUCAUGUCUGCUACCUCAUCCAAUGGAAUAUGCUCGGGUUGGAGGGCAUUGGGACACAUUGUCAACCAGAAAGACACAGAUUAAAGAAGGCCUUCAGAAGCUAGUCUGCUUGAUCCCAUAUGACAUUGUUACCUAUGAGGUAUGGGACUACAUUAUUCCAUACUGGCUGGAGUCCAUUAGAACUGAGAUCACCAAGGACCAGUUACCAGAACUCAAGACCCUUUUGAGCAAAUUGUUCGACAUUGAGAUGGGCCCUCUUCCAUUCCUGACUGAAAAGAUCUAUCACUUUGCGAGGGACCGCCUUGAAGAUACACCUGCGUCAGUACAAGAACAAACCCUGCAAUGGUUACAAAUUUUGUCAUCUGUUGACAUUGUGAUUCCAAUGAAAUUGCUAUUGAGCAUAUUUAAGACAGGAAUUCAGUCUCUAUCAAGCUACCAACCAGAAGUCGAUGAUGAUGAUGAGGGACCUUCUUUCAUUCACAAACCACAGUUCUCUCCUACCUCCCCACUUGAAGAGUUCUUUCCAGGAUCCCCACUGACACCUAACCACCAGGGUGCCAUGUUCCGUGAUUCCGUAGAACAUCAAAAGGAGGGUGAACUGAAUCUGACCUGUUGUAUCAUGAUGGUUGAUAUUGUGAUAAAACAGAUUGAAACCCAGAAAAUGCAAAUCCAUAUGGGGAUCUACAAUGAGACUUGUAAAGAGGCUUUUUCAACUCUGACAGAGAUGCUGCGUGCUCCUUGGGAGGGCGUCCAUACCUGUGGUCAGGGCUUACAUACAAAUGGAGAGGGUAUACCCAAUCUUGGAGAAGAGGAGAACAACUUGGGCUGCAACUUCUGUGAAACAAUUGCUCUCUGGCAUCAACUUAGUAUGAAGUUGAUCGAAAUGCUAAGUCCAAGACUGUCUGUAAGAAUCCCACAGAAAGGUCUGCCAAGCAUUGAAGAAAUAACAGCAAAGAAUAAUGUUCAAAAAGGUAUCGCCAGAUCAAAUAAAGUGAAAAAGGAGAAUGAAAACAGUCCUGAACCUCCUGGAAAUGAUGAUACAUCACAGGGUGUAGAGGAAAAGAAGACAGAAGAAGAGCCUGAACCAAUCUUCGAUAUAAGUAGUCUCCCUGUUCACUUGCAACUACUUCAUGAGUACCUAAAGGAACUUGAUACACAGACAGACAGUGAGGCAUUGUACAACAUGCUAAAGGGCAUUAAGUUCCUUUGCUUGCACUCUGAGGUGCUCAACUACUCUCUCAAUGAACAUGAAGACUUUGUUAAAUUCUGUAUGAAGAAGACACUAAUACCAAGCCUAUGGAAGUUACUUCAAGCAGAGCACUCACAGAUCGCUUUGGUCUGCGUCCCUUUACUACUCCACUGUCUCACAUUACCCUCUGGUAGCGACAUUUUGUGGCACUUGGUCGAAACAGACUUUACAGAUGAAGACUGGCGGUCAAGAUUUGCAGCAGUGGAGAAGGUGACUGUGCUGGCGAGGCUGAUUGAAGCGAAGACUAUCAAGAACAAUCAACAGAUAAUGACAUCUUUGGCUCACACCUUCUGUCACCUUAUCUCCUCAUUGGAUGACAUGAAUCCAUCAGUUGUCACACGGACCAGACUCUACAUAGAAACCAUUAAAUCAUCAUCAGUAAAGUGCAUAUGCCAGUGUCUGGAGUUCCAGUUUGACUCUGUCAUAGAUGACCGCACUAUGAUUCUGCAACGCAUGUACCAAUUUUCAACCAUACUGAAGGACCAGCCAAUAUUAACAUGGGAUUUCUUCCUGAACCGCUUUGAUACACUCUCACUUGAGGCACAACUUGAUCUAGAGAGCAGUGGUGAUAUAGCCUUUCCCACAGAUUUGAAGAGCAGUAACAGAGAGAGUGAACACUUCCUGCGUAAGAUUAACAGGGCAAGGUUUGCUUUGGCACGUACAGACAGUGUACGCUCCGUUUGUGGCAGUAUCUACGGCAAACCUCCUUACAGGAGAGCUGCCUCUGUCCCGUUGCAUCUGAUCAACCGCACUGCGCUACCUAAAGAGAAGCCGUAUACGCGCCAACAGUCAGCUCCUCAAUUUACAAUAGGAGGCAGCACUGUUUGGCGGCGUCCAAGUGCAGCACGUUGCGGCACUAGCAUGUUCAGUAACUACAUUUUUCCAGGUGGGCAUCUGCGGGAGUUUACAGAUGAGGAGAGCAACUUUGCAGCAUUACUGCAGCGAGCAAUGGAUUUGGAAGGUGUUGAUCGUGAGACUGUCCACCAUCUUGUUACUCUUCUACUUAAGUUCAUGGUGAACGUUGAAGUUGAGGACCAAAAUGAAGAACAAAAAGUUGAACAGAAGGAUUCACAGAGUAUAGUGCUGAGACACCUCAAUGUUCUACUUGGCUACAAUCAAACAGAGAAGGCAUUUAGUGUUCCCCCAUACAAACUAAGGUCAUCAGCAGUGUUUAAUGCCUACCUUUCUGGAGUGUGUAAGGUUCUAGACAUGAACUUUCCCUUGGGUAACAUCCUACUUCCUGUUUCUAUGAACCUCUUACAGUACUGCCCCUCUCCCCAACGUUACGCGAGUGAUUUCCAGCCCCCCAACUAUACACUCUGGUAUCUUGAGCCCCACACCAGGAAAUCAUGGCUGAAGACACUACUUGUUAUACUUUAUAAGUACCAAUAUGGUGGGACCAGUCGUUUUGGCAGUUCUAUUCAGACACUAGUACGGAUUGCAUUGAACACUAUUGAUGCGCAGCAUCAUCGCUGUCGGCAACAUGAUGACGGAUAUGGACCUUCGAGUCCCAUAAUCCCACGAAACAGAGAUGCUAGUAAUAUUUCGGCUGGAGAUUUGGAAAAUAUUCUUGAAACAGAGACACCUCCCCAGAGCCCCCUCAAUUCUCCUGUGGAUGAACCCAAUGUAACCAUCAGCAUCAGCCCUUCAUCUAAAGGCACGGUACUGUACCAGAAGCUGACAUCAGAUGGCACACCAGUGACAUCAAAUACUGCUACAUUGACAACAUCAGUGACAGAUGACACUGACACAACAUCAUCAUCUGCAGGCCAUGAGCGUGGUGUGUCCCCCAAGAGACGUGUCACACGUCCCCCGAGACGACUCCCAGAUUACAGCUUUGAUGGUUCUGAUCAUGAUAAUAGGCUUGUGAGUAGUGGUGUCUCACACUCACACACCAAUGGCAUUCACAAUCCUGCAUCACCGAGCUCUCCAGUAAAGGAGAUGAGAAAUUUACCCAUAGUUCCACAGUGGCACAAGGAGGAAGCUGGUGGUUCUCCGCUGUUAUCUCGUGGUACAUCAACUCCAAAGCCAGUGACAACAUCCACUGUUAUGAAGUUUGAUAACAAGAGGACACUUGAAAAGAGCUUUGAGGAACACAUUAUGGCUAUGGCUAAGGGAGAAGAUGAUCAAGCUCUCACUCCAUCCCCACAAGCUCCGCUCACUCCCUCUACCCAGGGGGCUCCCACCCCUUCCAUCCAAAGUGGAGCCACUACCCCAUCUACUACCCCGAGUGCACAGGUGGAGAAAAAGAUGGUGGAACAGAUCCAAGAGUUUGAAUCUCAGGAGUCACGCAAAUCAUCUAGUACUGAUAAGCCUCCACUAGAUGGCACCAUGAGUCUGCCGUCAACAAUGUCAACUGGUGAUACACUCCACCCAGGCAGCCAGACACUCAGUGAAAGUGACCGUGAUGAUUUAUCUGACCAAGAGGGUGCACCCAAACCUCACCGCAUCAAUGUGCGACAUCGGAAAGCAAGAAAAACUGGACUUACAAAUGUUGAAUUGCAGAAAAUGAUUCCAGAGUUGAAUGAUGGCGGUGAGAAAUCUGACGACAAAUCACAAAGGAGACGUACUAGGAAGGCAGACCUCUUGAAGAAAAGCCAACAAAGCAACAACCAACAGAAGAAAGCAAUGCAGGCGAGAUACAGUGACCAGACAAUAGUAGAUAGAUGUCCCGAGUGUAUGGCAGUGUUGGAACAGUAUGAUGAAGACACAAUAAGCCUUGCAAUUACAGUAUGUGCUACCUUUGUACACAGGGAACCUUCCCUGGCUGUACCUAUGUUACUGGAUAUGUUACAGAGUAUUGGUCGCGUGGCAUCUCAACACCUCUACCCCUGGCAAACGGACUGUAGCUUAGUGGUGCCGGGUAACUGUGUGAGUGUGGCGAGGCAGUUCUUGCGUUGCGUCCUACACCAGCUUGCCCCCAAUGGCAUCUUUGUUCAGAUCUUCCAAAGUAACGUUGAAGAAGGAAUGCUAAUGAAAACAAUCGCCAAUGCUCUGAUGGACUUUAAUGAACUGAACUGCUAUGCACCUCUUCAGCUUCUUCUAGAGGGUCUGAAUGCCAAGAAGACAUUGCCGAGUGAGAGCAUUAUGUUGCUACUGACUAAUCUUGCUGAGUAUAUGGACUGCAUAACCUUGGAGUCAUCCACACCCAUAUGGGCUAACAUCCUGGCUCAUUUUGAUUCAUUCUUUCGGAGACUCCCUGGGACUCUUCCCUGUCCAUGUGACAUGACACCUGUGUUGCGAAUCAUCACAGCCGUAUUGAAAAUACCUGGGAUAACAUCAGUUAAGGGUAUAUUGGAGCCAUUUUCUAAACUGUUAAGUUUCACUAUUCAAAACUGCACAUUCAAGAUGCAGGAACUGAUGGACAUCUGUUCCCUCUGCAGUAGAGCCUUCACAAAGGAGAGAGACAAGCUGUAUUUAUCUAGGAGUAUUGUGUUUGAACUCGUCCAGGCUCUCAAGUUCAAGUCCAGUCUACCAGAUGAGAACCUACUGAUGCUAGUACAGUUUGUGUGUGUUGAUGCUGGAGGGACAAUCAGUCCUAAUAACAUCUUAGAGGAAAGUCUGACCGUCUUUAACCCACAGUCCCAACUGCUACUCAGCACCAAUGCCAGUGAAUGUAUGAAACUUCACCUGACUGAGUGUGUGGACUUCAUAGCUGAUCUGCAUACUGUCCCCAAAGUUAAGGUUAACAUGAAGAAUGGGUCUCAAAGCUUAAAUGAGGACACACUGGGAAGUCAACUGAAGUCAGGGGUGGCGCAGUUUAUUGCGCUUGAAUUCACUAAAUGUAAUGGCAGAGAUAAUAGGGCGAUCAACAGAUACCUCCCAUGGCUCUAUCAUCCACCAUCUGCCAUGCAGCAAGGGCCUAAGGAGUUUAUAGACUGUGUGGGUCAUAUACGGUUACUUUCCUGGCUGUUACUUGGGUCCCUCAUCCACACAGCAGUGACACAGGCCACAGGGAAUAUUGUAUGUCAACCUAUCCCUCUAGAGGCAUCAACUCACAUUGCAGACCACAUCAUGGUCAUAAUGACUGGAUUUGCAGAACAGUCAAAGGCAUCAGUGCUCCACAUGUCAUCAUUGUUCCACGCAUUUAUACUCUGCCAGCUAUGGACCAUGUACUGUGAGUGUGCAGCCGCCCUACAUCCCCAACACAGUGAGGACCACCAUGCUGCCUCUGUGACCAUCAUGGACUUCUGGGGGAGAGUUACCCCUGGUGUACUCCAGUUACUCUCACACUCUAAAGUGCUGGCUGAGAUGGUGAACCUCCACUUUUUAAGUCUGAUGGAGGCCCUACAUGAGUGCAACUCAGCCGUUUUGUGUAAGCUUCUUCCCAUGUGGACACAGAUACUUUACUCCUAUCACGGCCAGCUUCAGGGUAAUGCCCAUGUCAGACUACAGACAUGUCAGAAUUGGGAGCCCCCUAAGCAAACAAAGGACUAUGCUGACUCUUCAUUUAAGUCAACUGUGCUUCUUAAGUGGCUGAAGAAACUGGAGUUCAAGAUGGGACAAAUUGAAUGUCAGUCGUCAAAUGCUACACAGUUAUACAUGUAUACAGUCUAAAUCCUUUAAAACAGUUAUACAUGUAUACAGUCUAAAUCCUAUACAGUUAUACAUGUAUACGGUCUAAAUCCUAUACAGUGAUACUUGUACUGGAUACUGUCUGAAUGAAUGCUACAAGCUACACAGUUAUACCAUACAUGCAUGGGACAAAUUGAAUUUCAGUCAUCAAAUGCUAUAGUAGCACAUGUAUACAAUCUGAAUGCUACAUUGCUAAUGUAGUAUGAGAUCAAGAAAAUUGAAAUCAAGG